UCGCGUUGGCUCAUUUGAAGGUUUUGCAUUGGUACCUUCGAAAGAAAGUCAACUGACUCCGUGGCCGAUAGUUGGCACAGCUCUAAUUAUUAAUGUGUUUUUUUUGCAUCCUACACAUAAAUGGAAUAAUUUUAGCUUUAUUUCAGCAACAUGGUCUCUUGUCAGUGGGUUAUUGUCCCUAUGGCGUGUGAUCGUGGCAGUGCAAAGUCCGAUGGUAAUAGCUUUUAAGAUACCAUUUAGUUCACCUUUGGGAAUUGGUGCUAACAUAAUUAGACUUACUCUUAAAAUUUCUUCAAUUCGGUG